CUGCCCGCCUCUGAAAUGGGCUCACAACGAACCCCUGACCCCAGGCUCCGCCGCCUAGAACCAACGCCCUCACCCAAUCCCUCCUCUUCCCUCAAGGGCCCCCAGGAGGCGCGGGGACUCCGGAGGCGGCCCUUUCCCCGGGAGGCGCCUGGGUGGCACGGUCAGCGUCUCAGCUCCUGGGGUCUCUGGGCUCCGCGCUGCCCAAGGGGUGUAGAGGGGCCUCUGGAGGGGGCGGGUUCGCUCCAGCCAGAAAGCCCGGAGCCGCCCAGGAAUUUUGGCUCGGACUUAGAGCAUUUCCUCCCAGGCCGGCCGGGCGCGAUCAGGGGAGGGCUGCUGCGGGCAGACGCGGCGCUGCUCUGGGCCGGGCCGGCAACAUGCGGACCCUGCUCGGCGCGCUGGCCGGGCUGGCUCUGCUCCGUGCCGCGGGCGCUUUGGCUGCUGCAGAACCCUUCAGCCCUCCCCAAGGAGACGCAGCUCAGAGCACAGCGUGUGACAGACACAUGGCUGUGCAACGCCGUCUGGUUGUCGUGGAGGAGCAGAGACACCACCAGGGAGCGGAGCAACAAAAGAAAUGUGAGCGCCAGGCUGCAAAGUCCCAAAAGGGAGAAGAUGGUAGAGAAGACCGUGGAGCACCUGGCGACAGAGGUGAAAGGCCUGUUGGGCCUGCUGGAGGAGCUGGCCUGGAACCUGCCCCCAGGACCCUUCAGCCCGGCCCCCGACCUCCUCGGAGAAGAUGGCUUCUGAGCCCCGGAGCUGGAGCCCAGCAGCUGGAGGUGGUGCCCUUGCCAGGCAGCACCCUCUGAGAGCCAGCCCUGUCCGCUCGCCUUCCUUCCGCAGCUUCGUGUGCAAUAAAAUCUCCUCCUUCUGUC